UCAAACGUCACAAUAAAACUGCGUCAUAAUUUAUACGUUCCCUGGCAAUUAAGUUGGCUAGAGAGGGCGUUUGGGGAGAAUGACGGCGAGCAAAACUUGCCGGUUUUACUAGAGGUAUUUUAUAAAUUGACUGGUACAAGAGGACCGGAGUACUAAGACCAAGACAUGAACGUGACAAGCUGUGAUGUGAAAAAAUGGGACCCCUAUGAGACCUCUCAGAAAAGAGACUAUGUGUAUAGACCCAACUCAUCGAUACCAGUUUUACGACCUCUGACAUCUAAGGCGUAUGGAAAUUCAUACGCUGUGGCUGAUCCCGUGGGUGUAAGUGCAUAUAGUGAGGACUUUUGCUGGAAGCCACCAUCUAAACCUGCCUGCAUUCGCACUGGAUCUGCCUCUGGCAACCCAAGAAACAACCCACAUCCAAGCCAGGCUUUUAUGCUAUGGAGAUGUCAACCUGGUCUGAGUUCUUGUAAAAACCCUCCAUCGGAGGAGGAGGUUCGAAAAACGCUGUCAGCUCAGUACAAAUCCACAUACAGGACCGACUUUCUGGGCAUACCUCAAGGGAUUGUGAUGAACCGUACAAUCCUCGAUCCUCUUAAGAUACGACCUGAUGUCCCUCAGUGCACCCAAACUGAGAUGAGGUCCAACUACUGCAAACCCAUUCAGAAAACAGAAUUUCAGGGGAAUAUUUCUCGCUACGGGUGUAAUGUCCUGCAUGGGAUUGCACCAAAGGGUAUAGUUCCCACAGUUGUUCAGAAACACAUCACUACCCAGGAGAGCAGGAAGCAGAUGACCACCUACAGCAGACAUUUUGGAGGUCAGGUCACUGACCUCUCAUCACUGCUCCGCUCCCUCAAGCCUGAAGAAGUCCAGAACUUCUACAAGCACUUACCUGAAAAGGAAAAGAUGGUGGUGCAGAUGUUCUUGCAGAGAUCCCCUGCUCCCACUAGUAAUAGAACGAGUGUGAAGGACCCAGUGGUGCUCUUACCUGCUUCCCCAUUACUGGACAGGGUGUCGGUCUGGCCUGGGCCUCUGUGAAUGUAACAUUCGUGAAUGUGUCAUAAAUGAAUAAACAGGUUCCUAAAGCAAUAAACUUUGUUGUUUAGGUGGAUAUUCAUAC